AAAAUAAAUAAAUAAAUAAAAUCCACCAAAUUCUGUGGUAGGCCUUCGACGGACGCACAAAGACUCAAAUAGCCUUUCCCCUUUUCACCCGUCAUGACUUGUGAGCUUUGACGAGGUGGUGGAUGGAAUGGCCUCGCCGUCGUCCCCUAGCCGCCGGCUCGCCGGAUCCCUAGUCCUGCGGCCAGGCGCGGAGGGGUCUCUGAUCCCGGGGCUCCCGGACGACGUCGCGGCCGUCAUCCUCUGCCUGCUCACGUUCCCCGAUCAGUCCCGCCUCCGCGCCACCUCCCGCGCGUGGCGGCUCCUCCUCUCCGCCGCGACGCUUCUCCCGCUCCGCCGCAGCCUCCGCCUACCUUCCCGACACCUCGUAUGCCUUUUCCCCACCGACCCAUCCCUCGCAUCUCCCAUCCUUCUCGACCCCGCUGCCCCCACCGCCUGGUGGCCGCUCCCGCCGAUCCCCUGCUCGCCGCAGCUAUACGGCCUCGCCAAUUUCGCCGCAAUCGCUGUCGGGAGCCACCUCUACGUCCUCGGCGGUUCUCACUUCGACGCCCGGAGUUAUCCCCUUGGCCACCCCUUACCCUCCGCCGCCGCCUACCGACUCGACCUCGCUCUCUCUCGCCACCGCUGGGAGCGCCUCCCGGACAUGCACAUCCCUCGCGGGAGCUUCGCCUGCGCUCCCGCGCCCGGCGGCGGGGUCGUCGUCGCCGGCGGCGGGUCCAGGCACCCGACGCUCCCCUCCUCUGGCAGCCGCACAAGCAGCACCGAGUGGUACGACGCCGCCACGCGUACGUGGCAUAUGGCCACGGCGAUGCCCCGGGAGAGGGCCGGGUGCGUGGGAUUCGUGGCGCACGGGGCAGGGGGUGUGGGAGAGGAUGAAUUCUGGGUGAUGGGAGGGUACGACAGGUAUACCACAGUGGGGGGAGUGGUGCCCAAUGACCUGUACUGCCGGGACGCCAUGGCGCUCGGACUGUGGAGCGGGAAGUGGAGGGAGAUUGGGGAUAUGUGGGUGGACGGGGAGAGACGUCGACUCGGGCCGGUGGCCGCCAUCUCUGCAGAGGAUGGGAGGGUUACAGAUGUGUUCAUGCUCGACGGAGACGAUAUCUUCAGGUAUGACUUUGCUUCAAACGGGUGGUCGAAGGAGGUUACUUUGGGGAGAAAGAUCCCAGAGACUGAGUUGUGUGGCUUCGUAUCAUUGAACGGUGAACUGCAUGUGCUUAAAUCUGCCAAACUUCCUGCCGAAACAUUCCAUCCUCGGAGGCAGUUAAAGAAGAGGCUGGCUUUGGAGUUUCAGGUCUAUAACCCGCUGGCAAGGAAAUGGAGAGUGUUCACCACAUAUCCCCCCGUCAGCGUACCCAUCGAUUUCAGAACUGCAGCUCUUUGUACAGUUGAGUUGUAGGGCUGCUGCAUGGUGCUCGUCAUCUACUGUACAGAUUCAGAUAGCAGGGGUGCUAUCGCUUGCAAAUUUACAUGUAAAUGACGAUCAACUUUCUAAUGAUCUCGGUGGAUGCCGGAGACUGUUGCGAGUACUUUGCAUUGUUAAACUCGUUUAACCGUUUGUAGAAAUAAUACUGAACGGUGCACUAUAUAUAUAAAUCAGGCACUGCGACAUGUGGUGUAAGUAUGCCCGCGUUCAAAGCUUGUAAAUACUACAUUGUUUGGUGAUAAUCUGCAGUACGCUUCUGGUUGUGA